CAGUUCCUUGGAGAUCUUCGUGCGGCAUGGCAUCUAUCUUUCCCCAUCUGUGCUUGCUUGCUUCUGCGCGUAAUCUGUUUUUAUAUCUCAAAAGUGAUUGGGUUUAAGACACGCUGUAUGCUGAUAACGGCCUCAUUAACGUAAGAAAGAAAAACUCUUUUUAUAAAACUCCAAAUGGGAUUAUAUCCACAGGUAUAGGAGUUAGUAUUCCAACAUAUAUUUUGGGGGGAAAUAAUUCAAUCCAUAGUAACUGUUUUAUAAUUUCUACUUCUGUGUUAUGAGUGCAUAAUUUCUUUUUCAGUUAUUAAGACAGUUGAUUAAGUGGUAGAAUGACUGAACUUUGAUAUUAUUAUUCCUCCUCCUUCAUGUUUAAAAGCUGUUACUCUCCUAAAAUUUUCCAGACACCUAUGAUAUUUAAAAUUUUUUUCUCAUUCAAGUGAUACGUGGACGAAAUGAAAUUGAAAUGAUUUUGUACCUGAAGGCCACCAAAGACAGCUUCCUAUUUCUUCUUUAUUCAGAGAUUUUUAUCAGAGGAAUAUAAACUGGAAUCUGCAGUGGUACUCCAAUUCCAGAGUGAGACCAUCAUGCAGACAUCAGAGACUGGGUCGGACACAGGUUCGACGGUGACUUUACAGACAUCCGUGGCUAGUCAAGCAGCAGUACCUACGCAGGUGGUACAGCAAGUACCAGUACAACAACAGGUACAGCAGGUACAGACCGUGCAGCAGGUGCAACACGUCUACCCAGCUCAGGUGCAGUAUGUGGAAGGAAGCGAUACUGUCUACACCAACGGAGCAAUCCGAACAACAACUUACCCUUACACAGAGACGCAGAUGUACAGCCAAAACGCUGGAGGGAAUUACUUUGAUACUCAAGGGAGCUCUGCACAGGUGACCACGGUGGUCUCGUCCCACAGCAUGGUGGGCACUGGCGGCAUUCAGAUGGGUGUCACCGGAGGGCAACUCAUCAGCAGCUCAGGAGGAACCUACCUGAUCGGCAAUUCCAUGGAGAAUUCUGGCCACACAGUGACCCACACGGCUCGGGCCUCCCCAGCGACAAUUGAAAUGGCGAUUGAGACGCUGCAAAAGUCUGACGGUCUGUCCACUCACAGAAGCUCUCUCCUCAACAGCCAUCUCCAGUGGCUGCUGGACAAUUACGAAACAGCAGAAGGAGUGAGCCUUCCCAGAAGCACUCUGUACAACCACUACCUACGACACUGUCAGGAACACAAACUGGACCCAGUCAAUGCUGCCUCUUUUGGAAAACUAAUACGGUCAAUUUUUAUGGGGCUACGUACCAGGCGAUUGGGAACUAGAGGAAACUCCAAGUACCAUUACUAUGGGAUUCGCGUCAAGCCAGAGUCCCCUCUUAAUCGUCUGCAAGAAGACAUGCAGUACAUGGCCAUGAGACAGCAGCCAAUGCAGCAGAAACAAAGGUACAAGCCUAUGCAGAAAGUGGAUGGGGUUGCAGAUGGUUUCACAGGAAGUGGCCAGCAGACAGGCACAUCUGUUGAGCAAACUGUAAUUGCCCAAAGUCAACAUCAUCAACAGUUUUUAGAUGCAUCUCGAGCGCUCCCAGAGUUUGGAGAAGUUGAGAUCUCUUCUCUGCCAGAUGGUACUACCUUUGAGGAUAUCAAGUCACUGCAGAGUCUUUAUCGAGAGCACUGUGAGGCAAUACUGGACGUUGUUGUGAAUCUUCAGUUUAGCCUGAUAGAAAAAUUGUGGCAAACAUUCUGGCGCUAUUCUCCCUCGACCCCAGCAGACGGCACUACCAUGACUGAGUCGAGCAAUCUGAGUGAAAUAGAAAGUCGACUUCCGAAAGCAAAGCUGAUAACUCUGUGCAAACAUGAGUCUAUCCUGAAAUGGAUGUGUAACUGUGACCAUGGGAUGUACCAGGCUCUGGUGGAGAUUCUCAUCCCCGACGUCCUUAGACCCAUUCCUAGUGCCUUGACCCAAGCCAUUCGAAAUUUUGCAAAAAGCCUUGAAGGUUGGCUUUCCAAUGCCAUGAACAAUAUUCCGCAAAGAAUGAUACAAACCAAGGUUGCCGCUGUAAGUGCCUUUGCCCAGACUCUGCGAAGAUACACGUCACUCAAUCACCUGGCCCAGGCAGCCCGCGCCGUGCUCCAGAACACGUCUCAGAUCAACCAGAUGCUCAAUGACCUCAACCGGGUCGACUUUGCCAAUGUCCAGGAGCAGGCUUCCUGGGUGUGCCAGUGUGACGACAACAUGGUCCAGAGACUAGAAACAGACUUCAAGAUGACCCUUCAGCAGCAGAGCACCCUGGAGCAGUGGGCUGCCUGGCUGGACAACGUGAUGAUGCAAGCCCUGAAGCCCUACGAGGGCAGACCCAGUUUCCCCAAAGCCGCCAGGCAAUUUCUGCUAAAAUGGUCUUUCUACAGCUCGAUGGUUAUUCGGGACCUAACCUUGCGCAGUGCUGCUAGCUUUGGCUCCUUCCACCUGAUCCGUCUCCUCUAUGAUGAGUAUAUGUUCUACUUAGUAGAGCAUCGUGUUGCCCAGGCAACAGGAGAGACCCCGAUCGCAGUCAUGGGCGAGUUCGGUGAUUUAAAUGCCGUGUCUCCUGGAAAUCUGGAUAAAGGAGGAAAUGUGGUGAAUGGUACAGCCCUCUAUGCUGUGGAAGCGGCAUACAAUCCAGAUGAGGGCAGCGAAGUGGAAAGUGAGAUGGAUGAAGAGCUGGAUGACUCUUCAGAGCCCCAAGCCAAAAGAGAGAAGACCGAGCUGACCCCAGCGUACUCGGUGGGCUGCAUGCAGCCCGUGCUGGAGAGCAGCGUGCAGCCGAGCCUGCUGAACCCCAUCCACAGCGAGCACAUUGUCAGCAGCACUCAGACUAUCCGGCAGUGCAGCGCCACGGGAAACACCUACACCGCAGUCUAACGCUUAUUACAGCUGCUUGUUCCAGCUUACUUUAACCCUGUUGAUAUCGGGCUUAAGCUGAGAAAUGAGUAAGCCCGAAGGUCGACUGUUGUCAGAUUCUAUCUGUGCUGAACAUUACCUUUUUGGAGUUGUGAAAUGGAAUGGGUGUAUGUAUUUCGCCAGGUGUUUUUUUUUUUU